AUGUCCCUCAAAGACAGUGCCACCCUCGACGUGGGAUACCCCGUUUAUGACACCAAGUUCGUCAACAACAAGACGCUAUUGGUUGCUGGCGGUGGCGGCGAAGGCAACCACGGAAUUCCCAACAAGAUCACCGCGAUCAAGUGCAGCUUCAAGGUAGCUGAUUCCAAACGAAGACUCCAGCGGUUCCGGGAAAUCACCUUGCCAGCCAAUGAAGACUCACCUCAAUGCUUGGAUACCGCUCGUAUCGCUGGCGACGAUGACUCCGACGUGUCGGUAUUCGUGGGGUGUAACCAGUCGUCACAAUUGAUCAAGUCCAUGAACAUCAACAACAACUUGAGAAAAUACGUGUUUACCAAGGACGAGCACUUGCGGUUCGUAGAUGCGGUCCAGCUCGAGGAGGAGAUCACUGGAGACACCAAUGACUACCCCAAGGUCGUCCGUUUGACUCCCAGCAACUCUGCUGGGGUGUUUAUGACCUCGACCGUGCCCUCAGUGCUCUAUGGCUUCAAUCCCGAGACCUUGGAGUUGAACUUCAAGUACAAGCAAGAGGCCAAAGCCGAAGUCAAAGACUUCCACUUGAGUCCCCACGACAACGGCAGUACCGUUUGCUACAUUACUGCCAACUCCAUCUCCACCAUCUCCACCACCGCUGGUACUGCCAUUGCGUCCUCCACCAAGAAUGCAGCCUUGACUAAGGAGCUCGAGAAGUACAAUCUUUCCAAAAUACGCUUUAUUGACGACUCCAACGUUUUAAUUGCUGCUAGUCUUCGUAAGUCCACCGGUGCUGUGCUCCUCCAAUACUCUUUGAAGGACCAAAAGAUCACCAAGCAAUCUGUUGUCUCAAACAAAUUCAACAACAUAGUGGCAAUGGAUCUUGUUGCUUCCAAAGAUUUGGUUGCCAUAGCAGGAAACGACUUCUCACUCACGAUUCUCAAACUCUCCAACUUCAAACAGUUGAGAUCAUUCAAAAAAUUGCAUCCAUUUGCAAUCACAUCUGUUGCCUUCUCACCAAACGGUACCAAACUUGCUACCGGUAGUGCAGCACAAAAGCUUCAUGUUUUCCGCAUCCCACCAACCCUCGCCCAAGGCAAGUCCACCAUCGGCACCUUAUUCCAAUACUUGAUAACCAUCUUAUUGGUUGCUCUCUUGGGUAUCGGUCUACUAUGA